AUGGCUCGUGGUUCCAAUAACGCUGCUAGUUCUCGUUCUGUCACUACCUCUUCGGUUGUAACAGCUUCUGCAUCCAUGGAGGAUUCCAGUAGUCCCUAUUUUUUAAGCAGUGGUGAUCAUCCUGGUCUCACUCUCGUCACUCAUGUUCUUCUUGGAUCUAAUUUUCAUUCUUGGAAUUGUGCUAUGAUGAUUGCUUCAUCAGCGAAGAACAAAUUGUUUUUUGUUGAUGGAUCUCUUCCACGACCUCUUUCUGAUGAUCUCUUGUUUCCAUCUUGGAAUCGUUGUAACUCUAUGGUUACUUCUUGGAUCUUCAACUCUGUUUCAAAGGAGAUUUCUGAUAGUCUUCUUUAUUUCUCAUCUGCAUCUGAAAUCUGGACAGAUCUUCGCACUCGUUUUCUUCAAGCCAAUAGUCCAAAGCUGUUUCAAUUGAAGCAACAGAUCGCAUCUCUUACUCAAGGUAGCCUUGAUGUUAAUGGAUAUUACACACGUCUUAAAAUUCUUUGGGAUGAACUCCUGGAUCACUCUCCAAUUCCUACAUGCACUUGUGGUGCUUCACGUUUGAUCUCAGAUCUCCAUCAAUAG